AACUCUCGGUGUUUCGGCAGAAAAACACACGAAAACGGAAAAGAAUAAUUUUACGUUGUUUUUCGUGUUUCUAAUUCAGCGACAAUGAUUUGUGCAUUUUAGUUAUUUUUUCUAGCGUUCUGACCAAAAAGAUGUAUCAAAUGUAGGAACAAGAAAGAACAGUUGCUAUAUAGUUUUUUUCCCCCCGAAUUUCACAAGAGUUGUAAUAAUAGUAAUACUUCUUAUUUUUUUGGCAGCCUGUUUUUUUUAAUUUGUUCGUGUGUAUGACAAACAGUUUCCUUGUGACUUGAAUUUAAUUCUCCAGUGAUUAAACACACAAGUCAUCUUAUCAUCAUGACUUCUAAAAUACCAAUUCAGUCAACAGCAGGUGCUAUAACUUUGAAGAAUAAGAAAGGUGAACUUACAACAGAGAAGGUAAAAGUUAACCGUUAUGUGACUGGUAAGCGUCCCGAAUAUGCACCGGAUAGCAGCAGUGAUGAAGAUGAAGAGCACUUCGGUAUUGAACGGCAGGCAGUUUCCAAACAGGAUGUUGAACCAUCUGAUUUGGAAACUACAGACCGACGUUUACGACGGUUACAGGAAAGAGAACAGUAUGAAAGCGACGAUGAUGAUAGAGUGGCAAGGCAUAGAAGAGAAGUUAUUGAACCUGAAGUUAUCAAUGAAAUGUCAGAAGAUGAACAAGAGACAAGACACCCUAAAGAUGAUGAAGAAAGUAGUGAAGAGGAAGAAGAAAUUGAUGAGGAGGAAUUUGAAAGGAGAAGGAAUCUAUUAAGACAGAGAGCCUUGCAGAAACAAGAAGAUGAGGAAGUUAUGGAUGUUGAAGAAGAGAAAUCUGAUGGUGAGAGUGAAGAGGAAUCCUCAGAAUAUGAAGAAUACACGGAUUCAGAAGAAGAAGUUGGUCCAAGAUUAAAACCAGUAUUUGUUAGAAAACGAGAUAGAAUAACCAUUCAAGAAAAGGAAAGAGAAGAAAUAAAACAACGUGAAUUGGAACAAGAAAAUAAACGUCUAGCAGAAGAAAGAAGGCGACAGACAUUAAAGCUUGUUGAAUUUGAAGCGAGAAAAGAAUUUGAAGCUAUGAAAACUGUUGAAGACGCUUGUGAUGCUGUAAAUUCUGAAGGUGAAAAUGAUGAAGAAGAAUAUGAAGCAUGGAAAGUACGAGAGUUAAAAAGACUUAAAAGAGACAGAGAAGAAAGAGAAGCGUUUGAAAAGGAGAAAUUAGAAGUGGAGAGAAUUAGAAAUAUGACAGAAGAAGAGAGAUUAGCAGAAAGAAGAGCCAAUCCCAAAGUUAUUGUAAAUAAAGCAGCUAAAGGAAAAUAUAAAUUCUUACAAAAAUAUUAUCAUAGAGGUGCAUUUUACAUGGAUCAAGAUAAUGAUGUACAUAAACGAGAUUAUUCAGCACCAACUUUAGAAGAUCAUUUUGAUAAAACUAUUUUACCCAAAGUUAUGCAGGUGAAAAACUUUGGCAGAUCAGGAAGAACGAAAUACACCCAUUUACUGGAUCAAGAUACUUCACAGUUUGAUUCUCCGUGGAUGGCAGACACAGUUCAAAACAUGAAAUUCCACUCGAGCAAAGGUGGUGGCAUGAAACAAGUAUUUGAUAGACCAUCAAAUAAAAAGAAAUAGAACUAAAAUGAAUUAAAGUGCGGUGUGAAAGAUUUUGGCAUAAAUGUGUUUUCAAAAAUUACUACUGCCCUUUAAUUAUUUAAUUUAUAUUUAAGGACAACCAAAUCUUGUUUCAAACGGAAGACUUGGACCAUUAUGAAGUUUCACCACCCUAACAGUGAUACUGAAUAAAUUACAUCCCUAGAUUUUAAAUCAUUUCUGGGUAACAAAAGACAUUAAUUUUUGGUCAAAUGCAGAACAGAAAAAUGUAUUUUGAUUACCGGGGGAUACUACUAUUUGACCAAAUAACUGAACAUAUACAAAUGAUAGCAUCCAUUAUUACAUGUAUUGAUCUUAGUAAAAUUUAACUGAAUGUUAUUUGCUUCAUUGCUGACAGAGAUUUAUAUCUCUCUCCUUACAAGGCUUGGGUUAUUCAAGAUGCAUUAUGUAAGAUUUAGACACAGGCCUGGCCAUUCUUGUGAUAAUAGUUCCAAAAUAGAUAAUGAAAAAUGAUACAUUGAAAUUUUCAUUCAAAUUAAUUUAUUUUUAGCAAAGUUAUCACUGUUCGGAAUUUUGACAAGAUCUUGCAUUGAUUGUUUAUUAUCGUAAUAACGGUACUUGUUAUUCGAGAUUUAGCUCUGUUUCUCCAUUUUUAAAUUCAAUCAUGAAAUGGCUGAAGCAUUCUAGUCUACUUAAAAUCGCAGCCAUCCGAUGUGCUAGAGAGUUGAAUGUGGGCUUGUCAUGUUAAUAAAUGUUUAAAUAAUAGUUUAUAUAACAUUUGGAGCCAAAAUAAAGACCUGCAAUAGGCAGAAUUAGCUCUUGCAUAAUGCCUGUUUAACCUAUGGUUUUUUGAAGUAGAAAUUACCCUGUAUCACUGUGUCUUUGAAGCAUUUUUAACUGUCCACAUAUUUAAAUAAGAAUGGCUACAGUUACAGUGGUAUAUAUAUAUAAGAUAUACUUGUAUAAAUCUAUAAAAAGUUAUGUAUAAUUGAGUAGUGAUAAUUAGCACUAUAAGAAUCGUGUGCAAACUACAAUAUUGUGAAAGUUUAAUGUCUAAUAUGAGUAAUAGGCUAAUAGGAAUAUCAGUCCAAAUGUGCUUCAAUUCUGUUCAGUAUCAGUAUUUACAAAGUUAUGAUAAAUUAAAACUUCGUUGAUCUAUGCUGCCAUCUUUAAUUGGUAGCGGGAGAACCUGAAGGCCUAGUUUAAAUCCAAGCCAGGAGAUUAUCUAGCGUUUGUAUUCUGAUUCUGUUUUCUUAAUUAUAUGUUGAAUAGUCAAUCUGGGUACAUAUUUAGCCUGGAUUAAGCCAUGGGAAAAUUCAGGUUAUAGCAUAAAUGCAAAUGAUGCAUUGAGCCUUUAAUUUGAUGGAAAGAUGGUUUUAAAACUUGUUGUCAUUGUACAUAAAACAUUGAAAUACAUUGUGUAUAUAUACAUUUACAGCCACAUUCUAUAUUCCCAAUGUUCUGGGCAUGAAGAAAGAAUGAAGAAAGUAUUGAUUCAAUCUUCUAAAAUAAACAGGUUUACUUUUAGCAGA